AUGAUAGGAGGAAUAUGUCGAUGUUUUCGGCGAUUAUCUUCAUCUUCAUCGAUAGCUACUGUAAAAGCAAUGAAGCAAACAAUUAGUAUUGCUGAAUAUACGCAACGCCGCUCGAAUUUAGUUACCAGAUUACGACAGACCGCCUCACAAAUCAAAAACAAAGUCCUGGUUGUGGUGCUACGAUCCGCUAUACGUCAAUUCUAUGCCCCAGAUGUACCAUAUCCGUUCCAUCAGUGUUCGUAUUUUCGGUAUUUUACGGGUUUAAAUCAACCAGACGCCGUACUUGUUAUAAUAGCUGGAUCAGAGCAGGAACCGAAAUCAGUUUUAUAUAUUGAAGAACGUUCUGAAAAGCAAGAAUUAUGGGAAGGUCCCGGUCUCAGUGCCAACGAAAUUGCAGAUAUCAGUGGUUUAGAUGAAAUUAAAGUACGAAAUAAGUUAAUUCCUGAUUUACAAAUGUUGAUGUUGAAUACUGCUGGUUGCGCUGUUUCGUAUGAUACUGCAACACUUCAGGCAGUAAGAGAUGGUCUUCCUGAGGUGUUGUCAGCAUGUAAUACGUUUGUGCCGGUACGUGAACAUAUUGAUGCUUUACGGUGGAUCAAAUCAUCAGCGGAACAACAUUUAAUGCGGCAGACAUGUUUUAUUGGAGCACAGUCUAUGAAUGCAAUGAUAGCAAGAAGUCGAGGAGUUACCAAUGAAAACGAAAUUGUUGGACGAUUAGAGCUUGAGGUUCGACGUCGUGGAGCUGCUGGCCUUGCUUAUCCACCAGUAGUAGCUGCAGGCAAUCGUGCUAAUAUCAUACAUUACCUGGAUGCUAAUAAGGCUGUCAAUGGUAGUGAUACAGUGCUUGUAGAUGCUGGUUGUGAUUACGAGGGUUAUUCAAGCGAUAUCACACGGGUUUUUCCAGUUUCUGGUCAUUUUAGUGUUCCACAAAGAGCUAUUUACGAUGCACUGAAUGAUGUGCAAUCCCAUCUCUUGGAUUAUCUUAGGCAAACAGAAUUGCUAAGACUAAACGAAAUAUACUUCGCUAUGAUUGAAUAUAUUGCGGAAAAUCUUUCUGAAGUAGGAAUAUUUUCCAGCAAUAUGGGAAAGGAGGAAUUGCUUUAUGAAGCGGAUAGAAUUUGUCCUCAUCAUGUGAGUCAUUAUCUCGGAAUGGAUGUACAUGAUACUGCCUCUGUGGCUCGCAAUAUUCCCUUACAGGCGGGAGUCAUAUUUACCAUAGAACCAGGUAUUUACAUUCGUUAUGACAAUGAAAAAGUAAAGAAUGAGUUUCGUGGCAUCGGCAUGCGUAUCGAAGAUGAUAUUUUGCUUGGGUCGAAUGGUACAGUGGAAGUACUUACCAAAGAUGCUGUUAGAGAUCCAGAAAGCAUUGAACUAUUGGCGAUGACCGGAUGUGUGGAACAAAGCAAAGACGACAUUUGCAUAUCGCAAAAUCUACCUCGAUGA